AGACGUUGUGCAGCGGUUAUCCGGCUGUAGGCGAGAAGAGCUAGAAACAGCCGCAGCUCCGUGUUGCCGAAGGGGUGACCGAGAGAGUGCAUGUCUGUGUGUGUGUGUGUGUGAGAGAGAGUGUGUGUGAGAAAGCGAGAGAUGAACCGUAUGCAUGUAGAUGCUGCAUGAGCUGCAACCGGAGCUGCUACUGGUGGUGGUGAAUAAUGCAGACAGGGGAACAGAGUUUGGAUAGCAUGCAGUGAGCCAGAUUAAUAAUGUAUCGUGCCGGUUAUGAGCUCUGCUUUAGUUAGUUUUUCUGGAACCUGUAGCUGCCUACUAUCUGCCUGCCUUCCUCACUCACUGACUCCCCCGCAUACCUUUCUGCCUGCCUGCCUUUCUACCUGACUGUUGGACUGUCUGACUUGCUCAGAAAAUGUCUCACUACCAUUUCAUCAAAUGUUGUUGCUUCCAGCUAUGUAACGUCUUUCGCCAGAACAUGGAGAUAGACCAGUGUCUGCUGGAGUCUCUUCCCAUUGGCCAGCGCCAGAGGCUGGUCAGGAGGAUGCGCUGUGAACAAAUAAGGGCGUACUACGAGAGAGAAAAGAGCCUUCAGCGCCAGCAAGGUGGAGUCAAGGUUCGAGCCCUGCCCACGCACCGCAAGAAGCACCACGUCCGCUUCAGGCCCGCCGAUAUUAUACAGGAUGCCAUCGUUCAUCAUAAUGACAAAGAAGUGUUGCGCCUCCUGAAAGAAGGUGUUGACCCCAACACUCCCAUUUCCUCUGGGGGAUCCUUGCUGCACUUGUGUGCCCGCCAUGACAAUGUCUUUGCAGCAGAACUUCUGAUUGAACGAGGCUUGAGCGUCAACCUGCAGGACGAAGACCUGUGGACAGCCCUACAUGUAGCCUGUGUGUGUGACCAUGCUGAUAUGGUGCUGCUGCUGCUGGUGGCUGGAGUGAACGUUUUGCUUCAGGACAUCAAUGGAAACAUUCCUCUGGACUACGCCAUUGAGGGGACGGAGACCAGCUACAUCCUCCGAAAACACUUGGAGGAAAACGGUGUGGAUGUGUCAUCCAUCCAUGCCAUGAAGAUUCAGAGACCCAGCACCAUGCUCUCUGAUGUUAGACAGCUUGUAGCCUCAGGGGGAAGCCUCAAUCAGCCCAAUGAAGAAGGAAUUACUCUGCUCCACAUUGCAUGUGCGAGUGGUUACAGAGAAGUGGUGUCUGUGCUACUGCAGAGCGGAGCAGAUCCUCAUCCUGCUGACAACAACUUUUGGACCCCUCUCCACCUGGCUGCUAAAUAUGGACAGACAAGCAUUGUUAGCCAGCUCCUAAGGCAUGGCGCGAACCCGACUCUGCUGAACUGCAACCAAGACAAGCCCUACGAUAUUGCAGUGUCAGAGCCCAUAGCAGAUAUGCUGCUGAAUGCAGAAGAGAGCUGGCAGCAGAGGCUGAAGGACCCCUCUGCUCCUUUGCCCUCCACUGACCAGCGCUAUGAUAGUGGUUCACAUGACCUCAACACCCCUGUCAAGAACUUGAACCCCCUGGGUAUCCCAAUCGCUAAGCGGGACAGUCUGCUGGAGAAAUGUGCCAUGUUCAGAGAGGCAGCUGGAGCACUGAGGCGACAACCCUCUCAGGAUAAUGGCCUAGAUAGCCCCUUUGGCUCUGGAGCCAGCAAACUGGAGCAGGUGAAACUGAUGCCUCCGGCACCCAAUGACGAUCUGGCGUCCCUCAGUGAGCUGACUGACAGCAGCCUCCUCUACGAGAUGCAGAAACGUUUUGGCAACGACCAAAUCUACACUUACAUUGGCCACAUCCUUCUGCUGGUCAAUCCAAACAAGGAGCUGCCCAUCUAUUCCACUUUGGUCAGUCAGUUGUACCUGAGCUCCACGGGUCGCCUUUGCUCUUCUCUGCCGCCUCACAUCUUCUCCUCAGCAGAAAGAGCUUAUCACAUGAUGCAGCAGGAGAAACGCCCGCAGUGUUUCAUCUUGAGUGGCGAGAGUGGCUCUGGAAAAACAGAGGCGUGCAAGCACAUAGUGAGACACCUGACAGCCCGCUCCAACACCAAAGGCUUUAUGCUAGAGCCCAGAAUGAAACAUGUCAACUGUGUACUGGAAGCCUUUGGCCACGCUAAGACCCAGAGGAACAGCAACUCAAGCCGCUUUAUCAAGCUGCUGACGAUCCAAUACUGUGAUAAGAGGAAGACACCACUCAGAGCCCAUGUAUACACCUAUAUGCUGGAGAAGUCCCGUCUAGUCCACCUGCCUGCUCAACAACACAGCUUCAAAAUCUUCUAUUUGAUGGCUGAGGGCCUUUCAGCUGAGGAGAAGAGUGCACUUUACCUCAACAACGUCUUGGCUCAUAGGUAUAUUAGCGGAAGACUUCCAGGGGAGAACCCUCCAGUAGCUACAGCCUCUACCCAGAGUAGAGAACAUCUUGCAGCAGUCAAACAAGCCCUGCGAGCCCUCAGCUUCAACAAGCAGGAGGUUGACACAGUAUUUACGCUGCUUUCUGCUGUGCUCCAUAUCGGGGACCUGCGUUUCACAGCACUGACAGAUGCUGACACAGCCUUCCCUUCCGACCUGCAGCUGCUGGAGAGAGUUUCUGGAUUAUUGCAGGUAUCCUCCAGUGACUUAAGCACCGCCCUCACCUCUGAUGUUCAGUAUUUCAAAGGUGAUGUGAUCACUCGGCGUCACACAGUAGAGAUGUCAGAGCAGUACAGGGACCAGCUUGCCAAAGCCAUCUAUGGGCGCCUCUUCAGUUAUCUGGUCAACAAUAUCAACGACUACCUUCAGGGACAAGAUGACACCAUCAGUGAUCCUGCUUGGGAGAUUGGGAUCUUGGACAUAUUUGGGUUUGAAGAAUUUCAGAAGAAUGGAUUUGAGCAGCUGUGUGUGAACAUGACCAAUGAGCGGCUGAGGCAGUACGUCUCUGAGGUGCUAUUCCAGCAGGAGCAGGCUGAGUGUCUGCAGGAGGGCAUCGCCAUGGAGAACGCACGCUCUCCCAGAAACCACCCAGCCAUUCUGGACUUCUUUUUUCAGAAGCCCCAGGGGCUGUUGUGCGUGUUAGAUGAGGAGAGCCAGAGCCUGCGGCCAUUAGAGCAGACCUUGUACAAGAGGCUCUCUGCCCAGUUGGACUCCAACCAAAUUCAUGGGCUGUCUCUCACUACCAAGGAUGGCAAUGGGAACCCCCCACCGAAAGACCAAGGCCCAGCCUUUAUUGUCAGCCACUAUGCAGGACAGAUUUCAUACAACCUCACAGGAUCGCUCACAAAAAACAAGGACUCUCUUCCUCAGAAUCUCCUGUUUACGAUUAAGUCCAGUGAGAGUGUGUUGCUGCAGCAGCUCUUCCAGUCAAAGCUGACUCAGACUGGUUCCUUGGUGCCAGCAGCCCGGAGCUGCAUAGGGCUGAGGGGGCCUAAAGCUGCCUUGUUGCUCCACAGGAUACCAUCAGUCUCCCUUGUGAGUGCUAGCUCAAUCCCCCAACAGCCCCGGAGGUACCAUGAUCUUACCAAGAUCUUGAAGAAAAAGGGCUCCAGCUCCUUCCUCCAGCGACUAGAGCGUUGUGGACCCACCACAGUGGCAGUCCAGCUAAGGAACACACUGUCAGAGUUGGUUAGCAAACUGCAGGCCUGCACUCCCCACUUCGUGGAGUGUGUGCGACCCAACUCCAGUUGUCAGCCAGACAAUUUUGACAGCUUCCAUGUGUCUACCCAGCUGCAGUACAUCGGGGUGCUUGAGAUGGUGCGCAUGAUCCGUUAUGGUUACCCCGUGCGCCUGUCCUUUCCAGGCUUCCUCAGCAGAUAUAAAGACCUUGUUGUCCCAACACUGGGAGACAAGAAGAAACUGUCUCCGGAGGAAAAAUGUCGCUCAGUUCUGCAACAAUCAAAACUCCAGGGAUGGCAGAUGGGCAGCAGUAAAGUGUUUCUGAGAUACUGGCAGGCAGACCAGCUCAACGACCGCUGCUACCAGCUACAUAAAAAGAUCAUCACCUGUCAAAAAGUUGUUCGCGGCUGGCUAGCCAGGCAGCGGGUCAAUCGCAGGUUAUCGUUACAACACAAAGAGGAGCGCGGUGUGCAGCACUUCCUGCAGGGGGCAGAAGACAUGGGACUGCGAACCUACGACCAGCUGGUUAUCCAAAAUGCCUCCGACAUUGCAAGAGAAAACGACCGCCUGCGCUGCCAUGGCAAUAGCCUGCUCAACACCCUUGGCAGUAGCCCACCCCUUGGCGAAAGACCAGAGCCGGUGGGGAAGGAGGAAGAUCAGCCAAUCAGGAGAGUGGCAGAGAAAAGUACGAAAGUGCACGAAGGCCCUGCCAACGGCGGAAGUCGAGUCAUUCGCCACUUUCGCUCCAGCUCGGUACCAACCCCGCUCGCCAUUGAGAACAUGGUCCAUUCGUCUGCCAAUCCACCCAUCAAACCAGCCUUGCAGCAAGUUGUCCAUAUCAAUGAGGACGGAGCAGGCGGGGGAGGUCUUUCCUCUCCUCGUAAGCAACCUCCUCCUAAACCAAAGAGGGACCCCAAUACUCGUCUGAGUGCAUCUUAUGAAGCAGUUAGUGCAGGCCUGACGAUGGCCGCCAAAGAGUGCUCCACUCCAGAGGGCUACGCUUCACCAGCUGGAAGCCCUCCUAAAUCCCAGCUAUCCCCCACAGACCCAGCAGCCUUGUCCAAACCCCGUCCCCAUAGUGAUGACUACACAACUAUGAGAAAGGUACCACCCCCGAAACCUAAGCGCAGCCCCAACACUAAGCUGACUGGCUCAUAUGAGGAGAUUAAUGCUGUAGCACCCCAGCUCCAUCAGCUGCGCCCAGCUGAUGUAAAGUUGGCCCUGCUUUCACGUGGCGGGGGAUUUGGAGGCUUGAUGCAGAGAGCAGCCUCUAUAGAUGCUCCACAAGGGGUUGCACUAAGUCUGUUCAAGGGCCAAGAUGAAGAAGACAUUUACAUAGAGAUGUUGGGAUCCCAGCAGCGGGCACGAAGCCUCCAGGAGCCGCCUGAUAGCCCAGAGCAAGCCGACUCGGAAGCUGUCUACGAGGAGAUGAAGUAUUACCCUUCUGAAGAUGGUGGAGCUGCUGCCUCUGUCACCAAACCAGCCAAAUUGGAGGCUCUAGGACUCAACUUAUUAGGAUUGGGGACAUCCCCUCCUCAGAGUGCAGAGACUAAACGACUGGCAUUGGGGGUGACUGCUGCUUUGGACAUCACUCACUCACAUAGCACAUCAAACAGUGGAGCUCCCAAAAGCCAGCAUGGAAAAGAUGGCAGCUGUGACAUUCCUGCACCUUUUCCCAACUUGCUUCCUCACCGCCCUCCACUCCUUGUAUUUCCGCCCUCCCCUGUCACCUGUUCUCCUGCUUCUGAUGAGUCACCCCUAACCCCCCUGGAAGUAAAAAAGCUGCCGGUGUUUGAGACAAACCUCAACUAUGCCACUGGGCCAGACAGCCCUCUGUCCCCACAGUACGCCCGCCAGAGGGCUGAUUCCUCCCCAAGCCUCACUGUUUUAAUGCCAGAGAAGAAGUCCACACCUCCACUCACUCCUCCACCUCCUCCUCCUAGUGCCCCACCUCCACCCUAUAGACCUCCUUCACACUUCCCCUUCCCACCUGAGGCCAACUUCCUGGCUCUGACACGAGCAGCAUCUGUCACUGGGAGCUCAGAUUCCUCCAAAACGUCCUCACAAAGAACAGGCGGGGAGCCGCUGGGAAAGCCUCCUCCCUAUUCCCCUGUGAAGGUGUCUCGUCCUGAGCCUCGAAGAGCUCACUCGUGCUCCUCGUCUCCACUGCUAUUCAACCCAGCCAACGGCAGGCCCCUGACCAGCCCCCUGGAUGAACUCAGCACCCUGUUCAGCUCUGGACGUAGCCUACUGAGGAAGUCUGGCCGCAAGAUGAGAGAUGGAGGAUUCAAUUCUAAUAUCAAUCUGCCAGGGAGGGAAGACUGUGGUUCUGCCCCCACCUCACCAUCUCUCCAGCUACAAGACAAGAACGCCAACAACCACUCUCCCCACUCACAAAGCCCUGCCCCUGUAGAGAACGGGAACCAGAUCUCAAACGGGUCGCUGGAGGAUGAGAGUCACAGCAAGUCAAACUCCUCCAGCACCCCCUCUUUGCACAGACACAUGGAUAGUCAUCAUACUCAGGUAACCACAAAGACAGGCACUUAAACACACAGACACACUUUUGGUGCCUUCAUCAGAAGCUAUGUACAGAUGGCA